UCGCUAUUUAUACACAAAAGUAUUGUCUGAAACGUAAUUUGGCAAUCUCUUUGUUAAACAUGGUUAGCAAUGACCUCAAAGUGUUUUUGUCAUCAAUAUCAGUUAAUCUAAUGGCACUGAUUGCUGGAAUUGGUUAUUCGUGGUCUUCUCCUUGUACGCCGAAACUGAGAAGUGUAACAGAUCCGGAUAAUAAUCCACUAGGAAGACAGGCGACUUUGGAGGAAAUAUCUUGGAUAACUUCAUUGCACGCUCUGGGCUCUUUGAUAGGUCCACUAUUUACUGGUAUAGUCAGUAAAUCAUUUGGAAAAAAGAUCACGUUAAUUAUCUUUUCGUUGUCGCAAUUAGUUUCGAGUUUAAUUUUGAUAUUCGCGUUUGAUGUUAAACAUUUUUACGUUGCAAGAUUUUUAUUGGGUAUCGGCACCGGUUCCGUUUUUUCGGUGAUUCCAUCAUUCGUAGGAGAAAUAUCACCGACGCGUGUUAGAGGUAGAACCAGUAUGUUAAAUUCGGUUCUUUUAACUGCGGGACAAACUUUAGUAUUGAUAGUAGGACCGUUUGUGACCAUUAGAACCAUAGCUUUCAUGACUAUUAUUAUUUAUUUCGUAUUUCUAACUACUUUUAGUUAUUUCGUACCACAAAGUCCGUAUGAUUAUGUAAUGCGCGGCAGACCUGAUAAAGCGAAAGCAACUUUGCGAAAAUGGGGAAGACGUGAUAGUUUAGAAAAGGAAUUGUUGGAAAUUGUUACAAUAUGUGAAGAAUCGUCCAAAGAACAAUCGUUAAAAACUAUUUUCAAAUCGACUAUUUUGAAAAAGUGUCUUCUAAUUUCUUUGGGAUUGGUGUCGUUACAAUCUUUAGUAGGUAAUCCGGCGAUAGUAGCUUAUCAACAAACUAUUCUCGAUUUAUCUAAAAAUUCUACAGUAUCCAGCGAUAUUUUUAUAAUUAUCAUAAGUGUAGUACAACUGAUAGGUACAUAUUUUAGUACUACGUUUGUCGACAGAUGGGGCAGAAAGCGUUUAUUGAUUAUAUCCUAUUUAGGUUUAUUCGUUCCACUUGCAAUACUAGGAUUUUAUUUUUUUCUUCUGGAACGUAAUUUUAAUUUAGAUUUUUUCUUUUGGAUACCUUUCACUAGUAUUUUGAUUUACAUCUUAUUUUAUAAAAUAGGUGCUGGUCCAUUGCCAUGGACUCUUAGCGGUGAAAUAUUUCCACCUUCUUUUAAACCGCUCUUAAGUACCAUAACCGUGUUUUGUAUGACUCUUGUAAAUUUUUUAGUUACUUUAAUUUUUCCUUUUAUCAGCGUUUAUUUAGGUACCGCUUUCAGUAUCUGGUCGUUUGCCGUUUUUUCGCUGAUCUCAUUGAUAUAUAUUUCUCUUUUUGUACCGGAAACUAAAGGAAAAAGUUUAAUGGAAAUACAAAAAAUGUUGUUGGGAGAAAAAAAUGUGAUAAAACAUGUAAGGGAGGCGAUUAAUUUUAAUUCAAAUGCGUCAAAUUUGGAAUGAAACAUUUUUUAUUCAAAAAUUACAUCUACGUACAGAAAGUUUUUUACAUUAUGAUCAUUUACUCAAAUAAUAAUGCGUAGACGAAUUCAAAAAUUAUAUCUACAGAUGAAACUUAUGUACCAAAAUUUUUUAUUUAAUAAAAAGAAUUGUUUCGCAUGAUUAAAAUCAAUAAAUGUAUAGUUUAUUUUUAUUAAACUUUUCAAAUAUUUUCCUAGAUUAAA